UCUUUUGUUUAUUAUCAUGGUCAAAUCAAUUCAAUUCCACAAAUUUUUUUUGUAGAAAAAUCAGUUUUAUUGCUACGUUAACUUCACUAUUAACAAAAAAACAUCAAUGGCACUGCGCCAGGAGCACCGAGAAUACUUCAAGACACUCCAAACAGAGUUCAAUGACAAACUGGGAAUUGAUAGCUUCCUAGUGCAACCCAUCCAAAGACUGACCCGCUAUCCACUAUUAUUACAGCAAUUAAUAUUGGAUUUUUUUAAAAAUGGUAUCAAUUGCAAGCCUGUUCUCAAAUCAUGUUGUAAAUUAGACACUCGAAUGAGGAACCACCUCGCCGUAGUCAACCAAUCUGAAGAAAUCAAAUCUAUAGAAGAACUUGAUGAGCUUAACAUUCUUGAGCAAGGAUAUUUCCUAAAGUCUAGUGAAUUCGACGCGUAUAAUCAUAAAUCUCGAAAGAAAUUUCGAUGUAAGGUGUAUCUUUUCGAAAAAUGUCUCCUUUGUACUGAAGUAAAAAAAAAGAGACUCGCUUAUCGUUGCCAUUUUGCAUGGGACUCUAUUGAAGUUUCGGCCAAUAGUUCUAAAUCAUUACUCGUUACCCAUAAAGUUCAUAAUCGACCCGAAUUUGAGUUCGCAGCAGCGGAAGCUUACGUGAUUAAGCAGUGGAUGCGCUGUAUUCUUAAAAUUACAGAAGCGACAAAGGAGAGGUUAGAAAGUGAAACAAAGUUGACGUUACCAAUGGAAGUGGUCUUGUUUGUCGUCUUCAUGAUGUGGAUUAUGUUUCGAUUAUUUUAAGUUUUGGAAUUAAGUAUAAGAUUAAAUAAUAUAGAAAGCUAUGAACAAAAAUAAUGACUUAAUAGAUUAAUUAUUUUAAUUUUGUUA